AUGUCGACCUCCACCAAGAUCAGGGCGUUCGAGCUUCAGUCGAAGAACAAGCAGGACCUGCUUACUCAGCUCAACGAGCUGAAGACGGAGCUGGCGAGCUUGAGGGUGCAGAAGAUUGCGGGCGGGAAUGCGGCCAAGUUGAACAAGAUCAACGGCGUCCGCAAGGGUAUCGCUCGUGUCCUCACCGUCAUCAACUCGAAGCAAAGGCAAAACCUCCGCGAGUUCUACAAGAACAAGAAGUACCUCCCCCUCGACCUCCGCCACAAGAAGACCCGAGCCAUCCGUCGCCGAUUGACUUUCAAGGAGGAGCACGCCGUGACCGAGAAGCAGCGCAAGAGGGAUAUCCACUUCCCCCAGCGGAAAUACGCCCUCAAGGCAUGA